CCGGCCUUAGCUCAGUUGUCGGAUCGCCAUGAAACACACAGUGACCCUGCUUACCGCUCUCGCCCUCGCCGCCGCUGGCGUACCGCGAGACGAGAGAAUACCACGGCGGCAGGUUACGGACUCACUCAGACUAAACAAUGGCCUAAGUUGGGGCGACUGGGGACCCAUUGAGUAUUGCAAGGAUGGGAGCUUUGCCAGUUCAUUUCAGGUCAAGUUCGAGCCGUACAGCCUGAUCGACACAGACGAAACAGCUGUCAACGCCGUCCGCCUCUACUGCAGCACGCUCGACCACAUCACCACCGGCUACGUCCAGUCCGUCGAGGGAACGCACGGGGAAUGGCAAAACAUCAGGUCCUGCAGCUCUGGCUUCGCGACGGGCAUGCGAGCCAACGUUCUUGAGCCGCAGGGGGCUUUGGGCGACGACGUGGCGGUGAAGAACGUGCAGCUCGCAUGCGAUGGAGGGACGGAGGUCAUCACGGGGGUCAUCGAGGAGAAGAUUCCCAGCGGAGAGUGGAGUUUUUGGUCGCGCUGCACUCCCGGGUCAGCAGUGUGUGGCAUUGAGAUUCGCUACGAGGACGCGGGCCUUGGCGACGAUACAGGAGUGACAAACCUCGCAAUGUUCUGCUGUGCCUUCAACGGGACGAGGACGCAAUGAAGCUCUUUUGGAUAGAUGAUUUUGUAAUUUACUAGAAGCGGUUUUAUCAAAGCCUUAGUCGGCUUGUGUGCUUACUUCUCUGUUCCUUAGUCUCUCUGGAAAUAAUUCCGGAAAUUUAUAUGUACAUUUAAUUACGAUAAUAUAUAUAUAUG